UCGCACAUUUUAGAAGGUGUCUCUUGGGAUGAAGCUAACCGACUGAAGGAUGCUAAUGUAUCUGCCACAGGUGAUCAUGUUGUCCUCAUGGGUGCUGCAUCGAAGGGCAUAAUUCAAAGAGGAUAUCAACACAAUGCUACAGUAUAUAAAGCACCAUAUGCGAAAAAUCCAUUUGAUUCGGUUACUGAUGAUGAGUUAAACGAAUACAAAAAAACCGUCGAGAAAAAGCGACAAGGUGAUUAUACCGAUACAGAUUUCUCCGAAUCAGAAGCAUUGAGUUCCCUCCAAAUUUCGGAGAAGAACAAAAUUCAGCCCAUGAGUCCUACCAACCAGUCAGAGCCAGAAGACACUGUUGCAGAACAUCAGGUGCUCAGAAUAGAGACCAAGCAAGUUCCCAAACCUAGUCAGCCAGAAGUUGUACUAAGCGACGGUGAACAUGUACAAAAUGGCGACCAUUCGGAUACUCAUAUGAGCACAUUUUCACACAGCAGUAAAGAGGACGUCUCUACUGAAGGUUCUCCGAAAAAGGAUAAAAAGAAAAAGAAGGGAUUGCGGACACCUUCGUUUUUGAAAAAGAAGAAGGACAAAAAACGAAUCGAGGCCUAAACCACAACAUUUGCAACACUCAGCGUCGUUUUUUUUACUAAAAUUUGAUUAAAGUAUAUUAUAUCUUCUUCCCUUGAAACAUACAAAAAGAACGAAACAAAAUAUGUUAGAACAAAUAAAAAUAUACGCAUGUAAAAGAAACCUUUAAUAUAAAUAUGUCACAUUUAGAUAAGGCAAUAUUCCUAUAGUAGCGGUAAACACUCAAGUGGGCACAAAAACGCAUUUGCACAGCAAAAGUUUUAAAUCAUUACGUCGUGAAUAAAAGGAUUUAAUCAGUUGAAUGUGUAUUUCAUUAAAAAGAAGAUGAUUUUUUCAAAUGAAUUAACGAGACAUAAGAUGUGCAUUUUGUAAGGAAGUGCGUGAUUAAAUGCAAGAUUAGAUCGAAAACAUACAACGCCAGGAUUUAAAACAUUAACGCAUAACGAUGUUAAACAAAUGAAGAACAAUGUGAAAGUUAAUCUGAGCUAAAAAAUCCUUAAAAUAAAACGUACAUGCUUUAUUGUGAGAAUAUUUUGGAUAUAUAUUACGGAAUUUGUUCAUGCACUUUCUGUACUUUCUAAUUGGUGCAGUUGCAGCUGAUGUACCUAUGUCGACGUAGAAUAUAUUUAAGUAUGUGUCGCUUUUUAUCUCGGUCUUGAUUCAAUACCUAAACAUCGUCGCAUGCAAUAACAAGGCUUUUUACCAUCGCUAUUUUGUUCCGACAUAUAUCAUAAUCGUGUCUUUUUGAGCGCAUGAGAUUUUCCCAGUCUAACAGUGUUCAUAAAUUAAACAAUUACAUUACAUAAAAAAUACGCAUUGUGUGGCAGCAUACGUGAGGAAUUAAAAAAAGAAAAAAGAAACAAUAAAACUAAUUUGAGCUGAAAUUAAAUGAUUUUAAGUGGUUGCUUUAAGCCGGAUUACAUUUUAUUAUUAGAUCUUUCAACAUUGAACCAAACAAAUUAGGGUAAAUGUCAAUCAAAUAAAAUUAAAUGGCAUGGAUCUUGGUAAUGAAAUAUAAUACUUCAUGAAGCAUACCACAAAUAUUGCAAGCUUCAACCGACCCUGUACAGAAAUUCUGUCAAUAAUGUUUGCCGCGUUCACCAUGUCAACACAAAUACUACGAAAACGUGAUCUGAAAAAAUCGGAGAUUUCAAUAAUGAAUAACACAUUUUGAAUUCGUAAAAAGUUUGGCUCAGCUCUGGUACUCUCUUCGGUCCCAAGCUAAUCGAUGCACCCUCGAAACAUAGGAAAAUCCACGAACGAUUACAUAACAUUCCCCAGAAAACCAUUCCCCAGAAUGCACUAUUCCCCUGAAAAGCAUUCCCCAGAAUGUACCAUUCCCCAGAAAAGAUGAUGAAAUUAGUAUUUUUCAUUCUUCUUAUUUUUUUUUUACUAUUGAUAAUACACUAUGUUUACUUUUAUGGAACUUACCCGGAAAAAAAUAACCAUACAA